GACCCUUCAGUGUCAACCAGACUCUCAUAUAUGUUCAACCAAGUGCUUUUGGGAUUCUUCUUUUAUCUGUUAGUUUUGUAACUGAGGAGACAGUCAGAGAUAAGAGCACAAGGAUAAAAGCUGAAGACUUUAAAAGUUUGUACAUUUUGUACAAACAGGAAUGAACUGCGGACAGGUUGUGGUGAAAGUCAACGCUAUCGAAAGAACGUACAUGUGUGAUGUCUGUCUCAUGCAGCGUUGUGUCAACAAGAGGAAGAGUGUGACAGGAUGAAAUGAGAGCAUGAUGUUCCAGACCAGAAGACGGAUUUGGGGAGGGUCCCAGAUGCACUGGUUCAUUCUGGCUUACCUAGUCCUCCUCGCUUUACCAUGCAUGGGAUUCCUCCCUAACUUCUGGUCUCGAGUUCUGACGCUGUCCUGGGACUCACACACACACCAGUACAUCACAGAACAUGCCAUCCUCAACAUCACUAUGGAAACAGUGGAGGGUCUGAAGCUCAGCAAAAAGCAUCCAGAAAACCACAAAGAGACUGGACUGGGCCGAAGCUUCUGGAGAGCUGUGGGAGAAGUGGUGAAGUCCAAUGUGGCCAUGGACUUCCUGAGCUCCACCAGGUCCAACCCAGUGUACCACUUCGAUUCAGAGCAAGUGAACCGCUCCAUGGUGAUGCUGCGUCAGUUCUGGACUCAAACUAUACUGUCAGUGCGGGUCAAGGAAUACCAAAGGGCCCGCUACAGCUUGGGUCAGCUUUUUCAUUCCCUUCAGGACUUCUACAGCCACAGUAACUGGGUGGAGCUGGGCCAGCGCUCCAUUUACCUCCACCUUCUGCAGCCAGAGGAGCCAGCGAUCCCUGUAGCUGAAAGAGACACUCCUACCUGUAUGGAGUGCUUCAGUCUCACCUGUCGAAACAACCUUGUGUCAAAAAUGAAGAGUAUGCAUCAAGAUUCCCAGCUGCUCACCACCGGCUACUUCAGCACUGUACCUUCAAAACCUGCUGGUAAAUGUAGUCAUGGAGGUGUUUUGGACAGUAGCCGCUCUAUGGGGGCCAAAGGAGGCAUCAAUAAGGACAGCACCUCACCUUUCUUUUCCCCUCACCACUACCUCCAUAAAGAAGCAGCCAGUCUGGCUACAGAGGCCACCCUGAGUGUGCUGAGAGACCUCAGAGACACAGUGGGCCACAAAACCUUCCUCAAUCUCUUCAGUGUGAAGACAGUCCCUGCAUUAGUAUUUGUCAUGGACACCACUGGCAGCAUGUUUGAGGAGAUCACUGCCGCUCGCCUCCGGGCCCUCUCCAUCAUCCAAACCCGGGCCAACAACCCAGGGCAGUCUGGAACAUUUGUGCUUGUACCCUUCCAUGACCCAAAGGUAGGACCAGUGUAUGAAACUGAUGACCCAGAGGAGUUUAUGCAGCACAUGGAGAACCUGAUGGCGCUAGGAGGAGGAGAUGAACCAGAGAUGUGCCUCUCUGCUAUUCAGCUGGCACUAACUCACAGUCCACCGCUGUCAGAGAUCUUUGUAUUCACUGAUGCCUCCCCUAAAGAUGCCCACUUGUUUGAUUCAGUGAAAGCUCUCACGCUUGAGAAACAGAGCAAGGUGACGUUUCUUCUAACUGAAGAUCCUCAUUAUACAACAGAAGGUAGAGGACGGAGCAGGAGGAAGAGGAGGAGGAAGAGGAGGAGUACAGAGCCUUUAUCCCCAGAUCGUUUCUCUUUGUACUCUUUGUUGUCUUCUCUGUCAGGAGGAAUGACAAUAUUCACCACCAACUCUGACAUCCAGAAGGUCUCAACCAUAGUGGAGGACAACACAGCUGCUGAUAAGGUGACCCUCCUCCAUGUGGAGAGUGAUCUGAUAUCCUCCCAUUCCUUCAGAGUGGACAGCUCUGUAAAAAACGUCACCCUCCAUGUCACAGGCAGCCUGAUAGAGUGCAUUCUCACCGAUCCUUCAGAACAAAGCCAGUCUCUGCUGAAUGAACAAGGACCUCUAGCAGAGACAGAGCCCUUUGAGGGUCUGUAUCGCAUCUGGCUGCUCCCUCCUAUUCAGCCAGGCCAGUGGAAACUCCAAGCCAAGAGUGACGGUCACCUCACUUUCAAUGUAAUAGGAGACAGCAGUGUAGAUUUCCUGUAUCAUUUUGCCACUGUGACAAAUGAAACACACCCAGGUCUGGCAAGAAUGGAGGGAAGCCCCGUAGCAGGUGUCCCCGCCUUUCUGGUGCUGGCAGUCACAGGUCUGGCUCCAGAUGAGGAGGUGUCGUUCAGCCAUGUGACACUGCUUGGAGCCAAUGGGGAAAGCCUCCGGCAGGUGUGGCUCAACUCUUCUUCUUCCUCCUUUUCAUCAUCCUAUUCUGUGGAGGAGCUCGUGGGCUGGGUCGACCCCGUUCCCAGAGUUCCCUUCUGUGUUCGACUAACAGGCCGUGACCGCAGAGGAAACAGGGUGGAGAGAUUUUCUACAGAAAUGGUGCAGCCUACUCACGUUCAGAUACAGGUGUUAUCAGUUCCCCACUUGGUACCUGGUCACAGCACAAUGGUGACUUUUGACAUCCUGAACCACGGCCCCGAAAGACUCCUGAGUCUAACUGCUGAUGAUGACUGUGGAUAUCUUCAUAAAAAGGGACCCUACAGUUUCCCUGUUUCAGAACGAGGGUCUUUCAGUGGCCAGGUAGACCUCCACACUCCUGCCACAGCUCAGGCAGGAGCCACUGUCACCCUGACCCUCACUGUACGGGCUCUUAACUCUCAAGACUCAAAUUAUGCAGUGGCCUACCUGACAGUCGUCCCCCCGGAUCCUGACGUGUCCCCUCCGUCCUGCUCCAUUACUCGACUGCAGUCCUCCUGUCCGUCCCCUUGCAAUGUUUCAACCUGGAAUGUAUCUCUGGCUGUGUCAGACAGAGGGCGCUCUGGCCUCACUGCAAUCCAGCUACAGAAGGGUGAAGGCUUUUUGACUUUAUUCCACAACGCACCACUCACAGAGGACGACAUGGGAGAGGCUCAGUCAGGCUUCGACCAGGCACAGAGGAACAAAACCACCAGCAGAGGUCCCCAUCACCACCACCAUAAAACCAGACUGGAGAAAGGUGACUCUCCUUUGAAUGUGUCUGAGUGGGUACUGGGCUCAUCUCAGCCUCUGUGGGUGACCUACACUUCCACCUGCUGCUCCACUCAGGCUGAACUGCUGGUGUGGGAUGGAUCUGGAAACAUGAAGCGCUGCCAUCUUUCAUCUGGUCAGCAGAUCAGGCAGCUCCAGGACAGGAGUGGAGAAACCAGUGGAUCGGGCCAGAUCAGAUUCACAGGUGUCCUUUGGAUAAUGUGGGGUCUGGUGUGGUCAGUGUUGCUUUAGGUGGAUGGGCUGACAACUGACCAGUGGCUGGAAUAUACCAGUCCAGACAUGGACGACAAUCCUUUUCUUUGAGUCUAAAGUUGGAAAAAUCAGAUGAAUAAGUGGAUUUAUUGAAUAAAAAAUACUGUAAUUGUGUUUCUGUUGAUUGCUGAUUAUGUUUGCUGCUGUAUUUCUUGAGAUAACUUGUGCAAAAAAGAAAUAAA